GCUUGUUGAAAAAUAUUUUACCUUUGAAAAUAGCCUAUCACUUUUAGACAUCUGGUUAAAUUUUAUUUUGAAAAUUACUAAAUAUGUUAAUGGAAUUCUUUUCUUAAGGAAAAUAGAUAUCAAAAUAUUUAUCUUUGAUUGUUGUGUUGUAGAAAGUUUAUAUAUUAGGCAAAAAGCUUCUAAAAUUUUAACUAAUUUUAUAUGUUAUGAGUUAAAAAUAUCUUCAUUAUUGGUUACUCAUGAAUUUUAUCAAAGACUCCUAAUCCACUCAAAUAAUCUCAAAAAUAUUCAACAAAAGGAUACUUUAUUAAAUAAUGAAUUUACAACAUUAAUUGACAUUCUACAUAAUUUAUACCACCUUAGGAUAAAAAAUCAUGAGGGUCCAUUUUUUACUAAAUUUUGCCAUAACAAUAAAGAUCUCAUCUCAAACAUUUAUGAAAUAUAUUUAAUUCUUCCUCUUUCCAAAAAUCAACUUAAGUUGGCAAUACUACAAAUAAUAAUUACACACAUGAUCAUUAUCCAUCAUCACUCAGAUAAUAAAGACUAUGAAAUAAUUGAACAUUUGCUUCAAAUUUUUAAAUCUCAGGCUGUAAAUACAGGGAAAAAUGAAAAAUUAUUAUUCUUUUAUCAAUAUAUAUCAGAAAUCCUCAAGUACUUGAAUUUCUUCGGCGAGGAAUUGAAAAACUUCUUGAUAAUUUUCUUAACGCAUCCAUUACUGGAAAUUAUUCGAAAUUCUACUACGUUUUACUCCUGCAAUACGCGAUUCUAAUCCCCUCAUUGUCACUUCCCCCUGCGAUUUCCCGCACUUAAGCGGUAUUCAAUCCUUGCUUAAUUUAUUGGAUGGCGAUAAUAAGAUUAUUAACCUAAAACCUCAUUUAGAUUGUUGCGAACUUCCCGUGCUUAUUGACAUGUGUCAAGUUUAUGACGAUAACCAAACAUCGAUGUGUCAGCAUAAUUGGAUAAAAUAUUACCUUGACAAUCUUGCUCGAUUUAUAUUGGAUUCAAGCAAAAUGUCCGAUUUCAACAGAGAGUUAUUAUCAAAGUACUGGCCAUGCCAGAAAGCUAUCCUUCUAAUGUUUCAAAGCAAUUUUGUAGAUUCUCAUUCGUCAUGUCUAGAUACCUUAUUUUUAGAAGGUUUGAUGGGUAAUUGUAUUUCGCUUCUGCAAAAAUUAACGCGCCUAAGAGCUGCUAACGAACCAUCAGCCGAAUCUUCUCCAGAUUAUCAGCUGUUAUUGCUCGGCGAGGUAAUCAAAGCCUAUUUAUAUUUGAUCGACAAUGUAAUUUUCUUAGAAGGACGGUGUAACGCGCGAUGUAUCAAGUCAUCGGCAUCAGUUUUUUAUUUAAACAGUUAUUUACUUUUGAAUCAAUAUUCGGAUUUUCUAGGCACUUUUAAGGAUUAUCAGUCAACAGGAAUAAUUAUGAAUGAAACUUUACCUAUUUUACAUUCGUGCCUCAAAUGCUCUCUGGACAUUUACAAUCACGUGAAGGAUAAGCAGGAAAAUAUAAAUUAUUCUUACCCAAAAAGAGAUGAUUCGAAAACCCUCGAACCGGAGGAUAUUUUGAAAUGCAUUUUUAACGUAUCUUCCCAUAUAUGUUCGUUUUUAAUAAUAAUGUCAACUACGGAAGAAAUAAAUGAUUCAAUACUUCAAACAAUCGAUGAAGUGGCUGAUAAAUUUCUAAAUCCUGUACCUACAGACACUCGUACACUUCUUAUGAUUGACCCAUUUCCAUUUCUACAUGCAAUGUUAGAAUUAGGAUCUUUACCACAAAAUGCAUCAAAUACAUUAUGCCAGACUCUAAAAGAUCUUUCUCUCCAAUAUUUGGCAAAAGUCUGUGGGAGCUUAAAUUUUGACGAAGCCUGCGAAGCUUUCAAUGUUUUAAACAGAUCGGUUUGUUCAAAUUUUAUAAAAUUAGUAUUCUAUCCGGUAUUAGGAAAUUUCAGUAAUUUUUUAAAACGAAUAUACGACGAUGGCGAUUUAAAGCAAUUCUGCCAUGAUAAUGAUAUGGGGAUUACGAUUGAAAAGCUUUUAAAUGAGAUCAAAAAUUUAGCAUUACAUGAAGAAAGUGCCUACGAAAUCGAUACAUCGUCAAAUAACGAUUCAAGCCAAAAAUCACUUCUCUAUACGACUUUAAAUAUUGUAUUACGCGUUUUUAAGAGUAGCGACUACCCAAACUAUCGUCGCAUCUUUUAUCACGAAAGUUCGCUAUUGGGAGAAAUUGAUUGUAAUGAUGAUACUUUUUGGGAAUUUAAGAAAUAUUUAAUGAAAUCGGGUAAAAAUAAUCACGUCAACGAUAGUUUCAUAGAGAGUUGCUUAGAAUUUAACACGUUAUAUUUGCAGCCGUCGAUGAAACAUAAAAACAUAAAGAAAAGUGGCGUCAGUGAUCAAGAUCAUAUUGAAGCUAUUAAUCGGGAUCUAAAAAUAAUUUCGGAUAUGUUACAUUCGCCCACAUCGAAAGACAUACUGUAUUUUGAUUGUGAUUAGAUUAAAAUUGUUCUUUUUUUAUUUAUUGCAUAUUAAUAUUAUUAUUUUUUUUUGUAGUUAAAAACUCAUUGAUAAUUAUCGAUAAAUUGAUUCAAAUGUUAUUAUAAAAAUAAACUCAAAUUUUAAUAAAUAUAUUAUAAAAAUUUAUUUUUAUUUAAAAGGCA